AUAUAUAUAGGCUUUAUAUGAAUAUGUAGACGACUGUUUUUGUUGGUUUUUCUACCGCCUACUCAGUAUCAGGAUAUCUUACCUUAUCCUUCUGGCGUAUGUUAUUUAUAAUUUAACAAGCAUGGGGAAUUACCAAAAUCAACAGAUACUGCCAGAAGUUAGUUUUGAAGAGAAGGGCAAAGAAUUGAACGUACGAGGAAAAGUACGUUCUAUUACCGAUUUCUUGCAGUACAUUCAAAGCAAGUCAAAGCGAAUAAACACUGAAUCCCAGAUAGCUCUACCAAUCCCAGAGACACUGUCACUCUACGAACGUCUCAAUGCUUCGUUCAACUCUUUGACUGAGAUCCAGCUGAACAUGCCAUUUAUAUUUCCACACCUGACUUACCUGGAUUUGAGCCACAACAACCUCUAUUUCCUGCCUGAUACAAUGGGGCUCUUCCUACAUUUGGAGAUCCUCAUUCUACACCAUAACUAUCUCAAACAAAUUCCUUACACCAUGGUUCAACUUGACAAACUCUCCAAACUCGAUCUGUCCAACAACAUGUUGAUAACACUGCCCAAAUCUCUUGGAGAAAUGAAAUCACUCCAAAAACUAAAUAUUUCACAUAACAAGAUCCGGGAAUUACCUUUAUCUCUAAUUGAGUGCAGCUCUUUGCGGUUAAUUUUAGCUUGUGACAACCUGAUGGAAAAUCCAACACAAGAUAUUUGUGAUCGAGGAUCAAAACCCAUUUUAGACUAUUUAAAACAGAAGAGGCUUGAUGGUUUAUCUAAUCAAAAAUCACCAAAAUCAAACCUUAAAUUUCCCAGGCAACAGUGGAACCAUUCACCAACAAAUGUUCCAAAUCCAGAUUCCCCCCAGAUGAAAUACAUUCAAAUGCAGACUCACACAACGUAUGUACCAAGCCGGUUGAAAACACCUCUUCAUUUUCCACCAAAUUCUACCAAACACGAUGCUCGUGUGUUGAGUGAUAAAAUUACAGGUCUCAUUUUUGGUGCUGCUGUAGGUGAUGCAAUUGGUCUGGCUGCACGAUGGAUGGACCCUGACGAAUGCCAGUUCUACUAUGAUAAAGAAGAUCUGAAAUAUUGUAAUAUCCGCCAGGACAAACACCGAGUGUUUUGGUCACCUGGAGAUUGGACAUCGAAUUUUGAUACAAUGGUUUUAGUCCUGGAUUCACUAAUUGCUUGGGCUGGAGUAAUUGAUGAGCUGGAUUUCUCCAAACGUUUGAAAUAUUGGUCUAAACAUGGUUUUCCAGAGCUGAAUGAUACCAAAGGAACUGUUUCCAGUUUUACGAUCCAAGAGGUCCUCAAACAGCAGUCCUUUGAGGAUGACCCACAUUUAGCAGCUGAAGCUGUUUUACAAGAGGGCUAUCUUCAAGACCCCAUCAACUCUACAACAGAAAACUGCACUUUGAACCCUUGCAUAAUCACUCCACCAGAUGAAUAUUUCUUCAAUGACAACUCAGCUGUUGUCCGAGCUGCUGUCCUAGGUGUCCCUUUUUUCUAUAAUCUGUCUGAAGUUGCCAACAAUUCUGUACGCAUAUGUCGCUCGUCUCACAAUCACCCAGAAUGCAUUGCUUCCUGUAUUGCCAUUACUGUUAUUAUUGCUUUACUGUUACAAGGUUCUCAUGACUUGAACAAUAUGGGGUCUGUCCGAGCCCUAUUAAACACAUCUGCUUUCCAUGCCAAUCCAUAUUUAAAAACUGAUGAACAAAGCAAUGAAUUUGAGUCGGUUUUAAGUGUUACAUCUUUAAAAAGUUUGAACAUUCGUGAGGAGAAAAAAAUGACACAUACUUAUAAACCUUUGGGAUGUGCUGCACUUGCUGUGAAAACCACAAAAGGAUACAGGGAAUUCAUCAGUGAUUUGGUUCUUGAAGGUGGAGACAGUGCAAGCAAUGCAUGUGUAGCAGGAGCCAUACUUGGUUGUCGCCUUGGUUACCUUCAACUUCCAAGUGAUUGGCUAACAGAACUUCUUCCCCAACAAGUCAGCUGGUUAAAUGUCAAAGUGAACUCCUUACUUGACAUGCUGGGACUUCCAUAGCUACUCCAAAAAUCUCAGUUACUUAGUUAUGUGAUGUUCUCGGAGACGUUUGUUGUCAUAUUUCAUCUCAACAUCAUAACCCCUACCGUCAUCAUUAUCACCAUUCUCAUCAUUGUUAUCUAUGCUAUCAUCAUCGUUCUCAUGAUUAUGAUCUCUGAGAUGUUCUAGAAUUUGAGUUCUAUGUCAAACAUAUUUGGCUGAAGAUGAUGGGAGAGAGGAUGAAGAAGUACAAAGAGGCUAGAGGUGCAACUUAAUCAGAGUUUUCCCUCUGUCACAGUGUAUUUUCUUCAGCGUCAUAUUCCAGUGCAAAUUGUGUUUUAUGUGUGUGGAGAUUGAACAAGAGCUCGACUUCUACUUAAGAAUGGAAUAUUACUUAGCUCAGAUAUUUAUAUAAAUAUUUUUUUUUUUCUGUACUGCUGAUCUACUUUAAAAAUGAGGUUGUGUCUGAAGAAUUAGCACAUUGGAUAAAACAAGCUCAAAAUCACUGAAUUUAAGAGAGAGAGAGUAUACAGUUUAACAGAUGUGUCCAGCGUGUGUUUGUCAGGAGAACCAGUUUAAAAAAAUAUCUGGUGGUUUUUGAAGCCAGUUUUAGGCUUUUUUUAUUUAUUGGUUGGACCAAGCUGAAAAGUAUGGAAGUCAGGGAGAUAGUUCUGUGUUUAAAGAUUAGACAAAGUAGUUUUGGAGGUGAAAUAUAAUAGUAUAAGGAAAGAACAGGCAGAUAUUGAUGGGUCAGUACUGUUGAUAAUGGGACUGGCAAUAAAAUAACUUUCUGCUAAUGAAAAUGAUGUUAAAUUGUUGCUAAUGAAAAUGAUGUUAAUAAUAAUAAUAAACAUUGUGUACAGUGCUCAGGUGCACUACAAUGUUAAACUGCUGUUAAUGAAAGCAAUGUUAAACUGUUUGUAAUUGAAAAUUUUAUUAAACUGUUGGUAAAUGAAAGGGUUGUUUGAAGUGUUGGGAAUAAAACUUGUUUGAAACUUGUUAAAAAAAUUGUUAGUAACGGAACAAAUAUAAAAUAAUUGUUGAUAAUGAAAUGAAAAUUGUUGAUGAUAAACCAGUUACCAACAAAGCUGUUGGUAAAUGAACCUUUAAAACUAUAUAUAUAUGUGUAUGGAACUGUUGGCAAUAAGGCAGUUGCAAUUAAAUUGUUAAAUUGUUAGAAAAUGUUUAUUUUUCUAAAACUAACAACAGAAAAAUUUAUAUUUCAAGAUGUUGGUAAUUGUCAAUAUAAUAACUAUACUCUUUUACUUGUUUCAGUCAUUUGAUUGCGGCCAUGCUGGAGCACCGCCUUUAGUCGAGCAAAUCAACCCCGGGACUUAUUCUUUGUAAGCCCAGUACUUAUUCUAUCGGUCUCU